AUGAGUGUGAAGGGCGGUGAACUACAAUGGAUAGAUCAAACAACGUACUAUUCAGCGCUAGGCCUUACCUCAGAGGCAAGCGAGGCUCAAGUCAAGAAAGCAUAUAGGAAACUCGCAAUAGUUCUUCAUCCAGACAAAAACAAAUCGCAAGAAGCGCCUGAUCUGUUUAAGAUCAUUUGCCAUGCCCACUCGAUUCUCACAGAUAAGGACAAACGACGAAAGUACGACAGGAAACUCAUCUCGGAGGGACUGUUUAGGUAUUACCCCAAGAAAGCGACCUCUCAAUUGAAGAGGGAGACCCUUUUUGAGCAGAAGAAAACGUUCAAGAUUAGAGAAGAGGUUUUACGGACGUCAAAAAAGACUAAAGAUACAACACUGAACACAGCUUUUGAAGCGUUUCCUGGAUCCUCGACUCCCAUAGGGAAACAAAGGACAAGUCGGCCAUAUGAGCAACAGCCAUAUGGAUUUGGAUUUGAAGAUAUGGCUAAUUGUUCUCCCUCGAGGACCAAAAGUUCUCAUGCACCUCAAACCACUCCGUUCAAAGCCAAAAGCUAUCAACACAGGCGACCGGCAACCAUGGACGAGAUUCACUCGAAAAAGUCGUCAACGUACAGUACGAGGUUUGGCCCCAAUCCGCCACCAGAUGCAGGUGAGGAGCUCCCUGAAAUUGCAAGCCCCGAGGCCUCUGACGCAAAUGAUCCAAAAAAGGCCAAGGUAUCGCAGGAGAAGUCUGAGCUUGAGGCUUCGAAGAAUGCAGAUAACUCCUUCACAAAUAGUCAGCAACGACACUUCACUCGCACGCUACAUCGCGACAAACAUAGCUCUCGAAGAUCCAAUUCACCUGUAAAAUCUACGCCAACAAGCAACACAGACACCUUCCAAGAUCUAAAGAACAUUAUGAACUCUUUUAAGGCCAAAAUGGAACCUCUGGAGCUGAAUUCAAAACGUGAAGAACAGCUGUUUAAUUCAUUCUAUGCUGAGGGGGACAUAGCGCCCAAGCAAAACAUCAGCAUUUUUCGGGAGCCACCAGCUCAAGUCACUCCAAGAAAGAGAACUCAAGAUGAGGGCAAGGUAUCUGACCCAAAUUCACCAGACAAAAAAGAUUUUCGCCUCGACGAACUAAACAACUCGCUUCCGACAAGCGAUGAAUUAUUUGACAUGCGCGAGGUGAGUAACACUCUAGAGGGCGUGAAAGUUAAAAAACCAAAAAUUUCGAGGAAAAGUUUCCCCGAUAAUCCGUUCUUCACCUCAUCAACACAAUCGGCAGCAUUUCCGCCUACGGAUCAAAACCUUUCCAAGCCCGUCAACGGUAUUCUCCCCCGCAUUUACAAGCUCGAGCCAAUUUCGGCAGCCGAAUUAGGCAUCAGUCUCGCUACUGAGAGUCUGCGCCUACCAGACAUACCUGUGUUCCGGUACAAUAUUCUGGAUAAGAACGAAUUGGCUAAGACGGCCGAAGCUGUGAAGGGGUUUAACCAAGAAGCGUCUAAUUUGAAGAAGAGACUGACCGAAAUUCUGGAUAGACGUGCUGUCGUUGACACUGCUCUCAAUGAUCGUCUCCAUAGGGCAGAAAACAUUCGACUAUUCAUCGAAGCCAAAAAAUUCGAUUUACAAGUAUCUCAUAUUUUGAACGAGCUUCAGAACAGACAACUCAUCGUCUCAGAGACAUUUUCCAGUCUACUAAAUCCUUCGACCACCUCGAGCCGUCAGAUAUGA